AUGGCACCUUGCGACUUUUACUUGUUUCUGAAGAUAAAGUCUGCCUUAAAAGGAAUCCGGUUUGAGUCGAUGGAAGAGGUGAAACAAAAAUCGGCGGAACUCCUGAAUGGUCUUACGAAAACAGACUUCCAGCACUGCCUCGAGCAAUGGAAGAAACGAAUGAAACGGUGUGUGGCGAGGGGAGGGGAGUAUAUUGAAGGGGAGCAUUUGAAUGUAGAAUAA